GUACGCGCUCCAAGAGCGGAGACGCGCCGCCGCUGAGACUCAAUGUCUCUGUAGCCAUGGCGGCGGAUCUACACCCGGAGUGGAUCUCUCGUCUCCCUUCUUCAUGGAGUUACGGGGUCACUCGGGACGGACGAGUCUUCUUCAUCAACGAAGAAGCAAAGAGUACAACCUGGUUGCAUCCAGUCAGUGGAGAGGCAGUGAUAACUGGCCACAGGAAAACUCCAGAUUUACCGACUGGAUGGGAGGAGGGAUUUUCGUUCGAGGGGGCUCGGUGCUUCAUAAAUUACAGGCUUGAGCCAUUGCUGCAACUCCCCUUCUGACUCGGGAGAGGCGAAGGUCGAGAGCCACGACCCUGAUCGCUUAACCUGGAAGCUAGCGGCACCAAUGUGUCGGAGGAAACACCUUCCAGCUGGUGACCAAGGUCAGCUUGCAGACGCCCAGCCCGCCACAAGGAGUCGCUAGAGUGCUAUGGGACAAGGAAAUCCCGGCCAGCCAAACCCGGACGACGCUGGGCCUACUGUGCACCACCUCAUGGGUUUCCCGGUCACGGCCAGCUGUGACACAGCCUGGGUUCGAACCCGGGUCUGUAGUGAUGCUUCAAGCACUGCAAUGCUAUGCCUUAGAUCACUGCACCACUCAGGAGGUCCUGCUCUGUGGUGUUAUGAUGGUCAGAAAUAUGCCUACAUGGUCAUCUUUCACAUGUAAUGUUUUUUCCCUCUUUGUCCAGUGCUCCUUUCGUUGUGCUGUGUGUGUGUGUGUGUGUGUGUGUGUGUGUGUGUGUGUGUGUGUGUGUGUGUGUGUGUGUGUGUGUGUGUGUGUGUGUGUGUGUGUGUGUGUGUGUGUGUGUUUGCUUCCCUUUCCUCCUGCUCCAUGGCAGUCUCAUACAGAAUCAGAGAUCAUCAUUGUAGACUGCACCGAUUCAUUGUACCGAGUUUGUUACAAAGGAGACAGUAUUCACUAUUGUCUCACUGUCUUUCUAAGGGAGAUGUCUUGGAGAUAGACGACUGAGCUUAUUUGGGUCACUCCCUACUUGUGUGAGCUAUUGACGGCAGUACCUAACACUACUACUA